GACACCAAACCGCUGCCCCUCCGGCCGCUGGUCACUCUCUGUCCAUCACCGGCUUAAUCUCCCUCCGGCCGCUGGUCACUCUCUGUCACUGUCCCUUUCUGCCCCACACACUUGUUUGCGGUCACUCUACCCUGGUCACUGUUCCCUCACUGUCCCCUGGUCACUCUCCCCCUGGUCACUGUUCCCUCACUGUCCCCUGGUCACUCUCCCCUGGUCACUGUCCCCUCACUGUCCCCUGGUCACUCUCCCCUGGUCACUGUCCCCUGGUCACUGUCCCCCUGGUCACUCUCCCCCUGGUCACUCUCCCCCUGGUCACUGUCCCCUCACUGUCCCCCUGGUCACUCUCCCCCUGGUCACUGUCCCCUCGGUCACUGUCCCCUGGUCACUCUCCCCUGGUCACUGUCCCCUCACUGUCCCCCUGGUCACUGUCCCCUGGUCACUCUCCCAUUGGUCACCAUCCACUCACUCUCCCCCUGGUCACUGUCCCCCUGGUCACUCUCCCCUGGUCACUCUCCCCCUGGUCACUGUCCCCUCACUGUCCCCCUGGUCACCGUCCCUUCACUCUCCCCCUGGUCACCGUCCCCUGGUCACUGUCCCCUCACUGUCCCCCUGGUCACUGUCCCCCUGGUCACUGUCCCCCUGGUCACUGUCCCCUGGUUAUUAUCCCCUGGUCACUCUCCCCCUGGUCACCGUCCCCCUAGUCAUCGUCCCCUGGUCACUGUCCCCCUGGUCAUUGUCCCCUGGUCACUGUCCCUCUGGUCACUAUCCCCCUGGUCACUGUCCCCUGGUCACUGUCCUGCUGGCCACUGUCCCCUCAUUGUCUCCCUGGUCACUAUCCCCUGGUCACUGUCCCCUCAGGCCCACUGGCCCAGUCUCUGAUCACUGUUCCCACGACUCCACCCCAGUCAUUAUCCACCUGGCUCCUGGUCCAGUCUCUGGUUGCUGUCGUCCUGUCUUGUGGUCAGUCUUGGGCCUCUCCCUUCGGUCACGAGUCGGGUUGUGGUGUUCCUGCUCUGUGUCUAACACUGGCCAGCCCCUGGUCCAGUCUAUUCAUCAACGCCAGCAGCUGACUGCCAACCACUGGAACAUGGCAAGCAAUCAGGGAACGGCUAAAGGGCAAACUGGCAUUGGAUUCUGGAAUUGUGCCAGAGCAUCAUACAGCAAAGAGACCCAGGAGCUGUUGAAAGUGAUGAUGCAGGAAUCCAAAUUGAAUCAAUUCCAAAAGAGACAACUUAACAUAAAGCUUCAGGAGGGCGAAGCGUUUCCUGUGAGCUGCCACCCCAGCUCCAGCAAGGUUUCAGCAGCCUCUGCACUCCCAGCAGCCCCCUGUGUCCAGGUACAGCCCUCCUCCAAGCCACACCUGAGACCUGCAGAGAGCUGUCGGGCCGGAGAUGCAUACGUACGAGAAAGGUUUCGGCCACGGCCAACAAGAAACCUGGAGAAAGAGAAGCAACGUCUGCAGAAUCUCAUGGCGACUGGGAAGGAUGGUCCUGAGCCCAGUCACAAACCAAAACCUGCAAAACAGGAAGAAGAGACUCCAGAAGUUGACCGGUUUGAAGAAUUGUGCAACGAGAUUGAAGAACGGCGGCAGUUUCUGGAGCAGAUGGAAUCUUUUGGCCGUGGGAAGGAAUUCCGAGCAAUCAUUCAAACAGAAAUCUCCCAGAAACUCAAAGAAAUGGAAGAAAUUGACAGGACGAGGAACCAUGAGUUAGAGAUGGCGACGAGGGAGCGAGAGAGAGGCGACACUUGUUCACAGUGUCAAGUCAAAAAUGGAAAUAACGCCUAAAGAGG